ACCCAGCUGGACCCACAAUUCAUAGACACAGUGGUAAUUAUAACAGGAAGACAAUAUUGUGAGUGGCAAAAAUCCAAUUAUCUCCGCUCUCGCAAUCCUGUCAUUAUCACUAGUCCCCGCCCCACCUCCUCUCCCUGUAAAGAUUUCGUUCGUUCCUCUUCCGGGUUCCUGAUCUCGGUCUCGGUCCCCGAUUCGACCUGUGGAGUCUUUCCUGCAAUCUGUAGCAGUAGCACGUUGCCUCGGGAGGAGUUUGUGCGUUCCUCCAGAGGAGCCGAGUCCGUCAGUGGUCGCUUGCCACUAGCGCGAAUCACGUCCGGGUUGCGUCCUCCACUCCGUGCCAAUCUAAUUCCGGGCGCCCGGGGAAGGAUUCGGGACGGAAGGCACUGGUUUCUGUGCUUCCUUGGAUUCCACGGUGAAACCAGCCUGCGUGGUCCGCGCCGGCUCCCACCGCAUUCCGGCGAGUCCCGAGUAACCUCGCUGUGGGGGGGAUGGUGUCGCAGGCUCCCAUGGCAGGGGCGGGCGCGGGCGCGGGCGCCAACCUCACCGCGGCGCUGUGCAGGAAGAGCAACCGCGUCGCGCGGGUGCUCGCGUACGCGCUGCUCGAGUGGGUCCUCAUCGCGCUGCUUCUCGCCGACGGCGUCUUCUCCUACCUCAUAUCCCGGUUCGCCGCCUUCUUCGGGCUCGCGCCGCCGUGCGCGCUCUGCUCCCGCCUCGGCGUCGACAGCCUCUUCGAGACCCACCCCCGCCACCGAGGCGUCGGCGCCGAGCCCCUGCGCCGCUUGCUGUGCGACGUGCACGCCGCCGAGCUGUCGCGCGUCGGGUACUGCAGCGCGCACCGCCGGCUCGCGGACGCCGGGGACAUGUGCGAGGAUUGCGCCGCCGCGGCGGCGGCGGCGCCCGGGAAGGCGUUGCUGUCAUGGAUGGGCCAGAGCGAGCUCGGCGAGCGGGACCUCGCCUGCGCCUGCUGCGGCGUCGCGCUCGAGAGUGGCUUCUACUCGCCACCGUUCUUGCUCACCGCGUCGGCGCCCCGUGGCUCAGAUUGUGGGCACAAGGAAGAGGAAGAGGCAGCCAGGCCAAAUGGAGACGUGGUCUUCGUCUCCGAGGAAGGUCCUGUGAUCGAGCUUUUCGACGAGAAGCCAUUUGUGGAGGGUGACUCAAUCGGCGUCUUGGCUUGUGGUGCCGAAGUUGUUGCCAAUGUUGAGCGGCUGGUGCCUCUUGAAUCAAUUGACUCGUUGCCCGUCGCCAUGGCCACCAUGUUAUCUCAAUCCGGUGUUGAAGGAAAGGAAGCAGUUGAUCAUGAUGAUGUAAGGCAGAAUAACGUGGAUAUGGAGCACACAGUUAGUACCGAUGAGGAGACAAUUGUCAUGACAUCUGAUGAUGACAAGGUUGAUGAUGUGGUUGAUCGGCUGAUUGAUGAACAUAUUGCAGCCGUAGUCUUUGUGCCAGCUUGUAUAGAAUCUACGCCUAACGAUGGGAUAAAUGCAGGCAAAACGGUGGAGGCCUUUGCCUUUGCUGAUCAUCAGUCUGCUGAGGAUGACAGUGGAUUGAAAGAUAAGGAUCAGAAAAUAUCUGAUAUAUCUGAGGAUGAGCAAGCCGAACAGGCUACUCCACAACAGGAAUUGUGUGCUAUGCCGACAAAUCCUAGUGACCAUGAAAUUGUUGAGAGGUUAGACAGAAGUAUUGACUUGGAGCAUUUUCCACAGGCUAAGUCAAAGCAUAAAAUGAACUCUAUGCCAGUGGAAGCUUCUGAGCAUGUCACUGUAACUCAGAUUGAGGAGAAGCAGGUUCAGCAAGCUGAGGUAACUCAGGAGUUGGAUUCACUACCAAUAUGUUCUAGGGAGCAAGCUGAGGUAACUCAGGCUGGGUUGGAACAAGAUUGUGGCUCUGUGCCAAUUGAUUCUGGGGAACAUGGUUGCCUGACUUCAUAUGCUCAUACUGAUGUUGAGCAAGCUGAGGUGAAGCAGAAAGUCACUUCUGUAACAAGAGAUGUUCUCGAUUAUGCAGCGGGCACUUUUAAUGUUAACACAAACACAUGGAAAGAAGAUAUUGAAGAGGAUCCAACUGAAGCUGCUCUAACGGCCAUAUAUCAAAUUUCUUACGAACCUUUGACAAACUUAGACAAGUUCUCUCCGGAUCAUAGUGUCUCCGAAGAAGACAGACAGCUUAAUGCGCUGACUCAUAUCGAAGAUAUAUGUGAUUCACAGGAACCGCUGGAUUCUAAAGCAGCUGUUUCUGAUGCUAAAUCUGUAGAUUCAGGUGUUGCUACUUUGUCUACUGAUCUUGAAAGCACGGAAUUGGUGAAUGCCGAUCAACUAAAAUCUGCUUUGGCUUCCACACGCAAGUCAUUGAACACCCUAUAUUUUGAACUUGAAAAUGAGAGGAACGCUGCUGCUAUAGCUGCUGAUGAAACCAUGGCGAUGAUAAACCGCUUGCAAGAACAGAAAGCUGCAAUGCAGAUGGAGGCGAUCCAAUACCAGCGGCUUAUGGAGGAACAGUCAGAGUAUGACCAAGAAGCACUGGAGAGGCUGAACGAACUAGUUGUGAAGAGAGAGAAGGAGAAGCAAGAUCUGGAGAGAGAGCUCGAGCUGUACCGCCACAAGGUUCAUCUCUACGAAAUAAAGGUGAGGAAAAUGUCCAGGCACAAGGCUGAUGACCAGAACGGAUCGUCGUCAACUUCAUCGAGCGCCGAGGAUAGUGACGACCUUUCACAAAGCUUCUAUGAAGGUGAUGAAUCUUCCCACGGUCUUAAUGGAAGCAACGGGAGUAUUCCCACAGAUGUCGUGCUACAAGAAACUGCCAGACAUCUCGUUAUCAUCGAUGGCUCUUUAGCUGAUUUUGAGGAAGAGAGGCUCUCCAUACUGGAACAGCUUAAAGUGCUAGAGGAUAAGCUUUUUGAUCUCGAUGAUGACGAUGAAUCCGAUAGCAGGAAGCAUUUCCCAGAAGAAAACCACUUCAGCGGUGCCUCGAACGGUUUCUCUGACGACGAUAGCUGCUCUAAACUCCGUGACAAAAGAAGAGUUGUAACCUACAGAGGAAAGGAACUCCUUCCGUUGUUCGACGAUGCUACGACUGUGGAAGCUGGAAAUGUCCCCAAUGGUGACGAGGCACAUCAUCCAGCAGAGGCUACACUGGACCUCGCUAGAGAGCGACAUAAGCUUGUGAUCGCCAACGAAAUCGAUCAAGUGAAUGAGAGGCUACAGGCCCUUGAGGCAGACAGGGAGUACAUAAAACAGUGCGUGAGGGCCUUGAAAAGGGGAGGCGAAGGGUUCGAUCUUCUCCAGGAGAUAUUGCAGCAUCUUCGGGACCUAAGAAGGAUCGAGCAGCGCGGAAGGAACUCUGGGGAGCUUUCGCCUCAUUACCUACAUCUUUACACGGACUGAAGAUCAGCUGCAAAGUCUCGUGCCCAAUAUUGCUUGAAGAUGGAAACCAUAGGACAAUGAUAAGGGGAAAAAAGGAUUGUCGACUAAUAACUAGCAUUGUCAUUGGAGAGGUUUCGUUGUUGGUUCCCGGAGAGGAGAAAGGAGCUCCUCCUGGAACAGUCACAGUCUGUUCGGAAACGCCAUCCGGAAGGCAGAUCGCGGAGCAAGUCUGUCUGCAUUCCAAGGUCCAGGGUUAGUGAGCUGCCCGGGUCCAUGGGGGUGUGCUUGUGGGUUGUGGCGGCAAUCAUGGCCCUGUGCAAGCUUUUAAAAGAAUUCAUUUAUCCUGAAAACAUGCCGAUGCCAGCUUUGCUGCCGGAUACGGAUAGAGUGGGCUUCACUAGUUUUUUUAUAUAUUUCUUUUUUCCCUCCUAAAUUCUUUUCCUGUAAAUCCUCUAGCUGUAUGUAAUGUGCUUUGGGCUUCUGGAAUGAUGGAGGGUGUUGGGUGUGUGCAUAGCAAUAGCAUGACUAUUGUUCGAUAAGAGCGUGGUCUUUGCCUUUUGUUC